GCCUCCUCCGCUCACUCGUCGUCAGCCAUGUUGUUGGUGUGACACACUGAGUUACCAGCAACAGGUUUUUUGAAUAAUACCGCUGAAAGAUCUUCAAGAAAACUGUUCUCCCACAAAUAUUACUUUCUUUGGACACUGAACCUCUUCAGUGUGUCAGGGAAAUCGCCUGGAAGUGGUGGGAGAUAACUUCAGGCCGCUCAGAAGCCCAGAAGUUAGAUGUUUUUGUGGCCGUGGUGAGAGAGGUACGUAGGCUAAACUGCUUAUCUAAGCAUAAGAGCAAGUUUAAUAUAGUUGUUGUAGUGUUUUAAUUUGGCUUUUGUGUUUGUUGUAACUCUCCUGGACUAGGUAGCUAUUUCAUCCUGAUCCAUGAAUAUAAAAGGCAAAUCUAUCUUUGGAGGGAGUGAUGCUUGUCAGCCAAGGAUGGGAGUUGGGUCAACUAGUCAAGUUACGAUAUAAAUAGAAUACGUGAUCUGUACCUGAUCCUAACAUCUAAAGGUAUUGAUAAUCCCUCUAAAAAGCGAAUUAAGUGUUCGAACAUUAAAUGUAAAGGAAGGUUUACAAGCAAGUCUGCUAAAUUCCUCUCAGUUCAAACAAGUUUAGCAGGUUGCAGGUAGGUCUCAGACCUGUUGGUGACAAGUGAUCAGGGAAUGCUUCAGUAUCCUCUUAUCAUGAUACACAUAGAGAGACAAAUUUAACAACGUGGAUCCACACAAACCUUUGUUAGUGAGAUAUAAACUCAGUUAUAUCUCUUAUUGUGAAAUUUUGGCGUAUUGUUGUCUCAGAGUUAGGCCCCAGUUCUGACUCUUGACCAAAACUGAUGUAGUCACAUCCGAUCAACUCUUUUAACAGUGGUGGAUCAAUCUAAAAGUUUUAUGUUUUAAAUAGAUCCUUGUAGAGAUAAUUUGUUUAUAUAAUUUACUGUGCCGUGAACCAGUUUGGAUUUGAUUCAGUUCAGUGGCAUGUAAUCAAUGCCAGGCAAUACCAUCAGUCACACCCACCUACUUUUAAGUAGAAACAUAAUGAAUAUGUUUUUGUUUCAGUAAAAUGAGUGUUUUAUUUACACAAGACUAGACCACCAUUUUGUCUUAUUUGUCUAAUGUUUCUUUAAAUAUAACUAAAUUUUACCAUGUACUGUAAGAGACUGCAGAGAAAUGUCCUCAAUAUAGAUGUUCAAUGCAAUAUUCACUUUUGCAAUUAGUUAGAUUUUAGAGGUGAAUAAACCCCCCCUGUGCAGUGGCACAAAAUAAAUACACCAUUAACAUUGCCAAAUGUAAUAUGACAUCCAUUCUAAUGCAAAUGUUAUGGUGAAGAAGUCACUGCCCAGCCCUGAUAAGCCUGGGGCAUAGAGCUUUUUCAUAUCUAUAGGACUAUGUAUAGAGCAGUCAUAUUGUUGUAUUGUCAUGGGCAUGACAUAUAUUUCACCACAGCUCGGAGCUAGGCUGAGAGUAUAAUUCAUUCUAAAGGGUCUGAUAUAAGGUACCUAUUAAAGAGUCUGCUGCUGUCCUGUGGAGCUUUAGGUCGACAAAGUUUAGCUGUGGACUGAGUAAUGUUAGUAUGCUUGGAUUUGCAUGCAGGUAAAGAGACUGAUGGCUUUAGGGGCUGCUUUUGAUGCAGGUUUUCUUUCUGUGAGGAGAUUCUAGCUGGUUGUGAAACUAAUUCAAUCUGAUAUUGAUGACUCAUCUUGAGCAAACCAGACCAUCAACAUAAAAAGAGAUUACCUCUACAUAGUUUAUUGAAAUGUUAGAAACUGCUGCUUGGGGGAGACGGUAUCAAAGAUGUUGGUUAUCGACUGAUUCAGCCCUUUUUACAUUUUACACAGGAAGAUCCACAAUAAGUGACUGUUAGAAGACAGCAGGGUUGUUGUUUUUGUUAUUAUUAUUAUUAUUAUUAUUAUUAUUAUUAUUAUUAUUAUUAUUAUUAUUAAUUUUUUUUUAUUAUUUUGCAAAAAAAGAUAUGUUAGACAAAAGGACAGGAUCAUCAACACAACCCAAAAAGUUCUCACAAGAGCUUCAAUCUGCAAUAAUGCAAAAAGUUAAGAGCAGAUGUUUUUACCCUCAUCUACUUUUCAGAAGUAAUCUUCAGUCUCUGUGGGCAUUAUUAAAGUCUGUCUGUCUGUUGUUGCAGCACAUAGGGUAAUAACACUUAAAUUGAUCUAUCUUAUUCUAACGCUCAUGGUUGUAAACUUUCACAUAGCAUCCUUGAGAGGCGUAUUUUUGUCUGCUGUGUUGCUGAGACUCACCUGAGAUCCUUUUAAUGAUUGAAGUUUCAACCCUAACCACUGGCUCACUUGCCUGUUGUUUAUAUCACUGUAAGUGUAAUUAUUUAUCCUGAUAGGCAACAACCAGGAGUACUUUUGGCUUGGUGUGGUGUUUUGUUGGUAGAUCAUUUAUUCUGCAGAUAUUGAAGCUGAGCUGCCUUUUAACGCCUCCUUUUUUAGUACUUUGUUAAAACUGAAAUGAAUUUAGCACAUUCAUUCAUGAGUAGCUACCUCAGAAAUAUCCUGUUGAAACCAACCAACAACAUUUCAUCAGAGCACCACUCAGGUCCUGCUGCAUCUUCCUGAUAUUAGGACAAAUCAGGGCGGGUCAAAGCAGAACAAAGGAAGGAGAAUAAUACCUUGCCUCUUGAGAAAACAAAACACAGAGCUGCAAGUAGCAUUAAUCAAACAUUAAUCGAAGUAGAUACUCCAAAAGUCAACCGCAGCACUUCACAGACUGUAGCUAAACUACUGCAGGAUAGAGUGAUUAAUACAGAGGGUGUAUGUGAGGUCAUUCAGAGAGUGCACACAGUUUACAGUGGAACAGAGUUAAACAAAACUGGGACAAAUAACUACAGAAGGUAGGAGAAUGGGUCCAUGACAGAGAUAGAGAGGAGCAUGGUGAGACUGACUGUACAUAGACAGUCACAGAGAGAGAGAGAGCGAGCCAGCCAGCCAGCCAUGGCCCAGAAAGGGAGUUGUAGAUGGAGUUGAUGUCAUUUGUGUGAGGUCAGUGAGUGAGUGCAGCUGAAAAUCAAUCAUUUUAUAGAACAACAGGCCGUACUUGUUUCUGAACAGAGGAGUGGUGCAGACAGGUCAGGGUCACAACACUGGGAUGGUGAGGAUUCAGCGGCAGAGGGAGGCAUACAGUGACAUAUGAAGAGUUAGAGAGGAAAAUACAGUGAGGGAAUAAGGGAGCGAUAAAACGAAGAGAAGAAAGAUGAUGUAUUAAAAUCAUUGCAUAAAAAGUCUGCAUCGCAGCAAGGUGCUGAAUAGAAAGUGUAAACUCCAGAGAAAUACACAGAUGCGCUUAUAAAAGGGAGGUAGACAUGCAAGGUUCAAUGCUCCUACUGAAGCAGCUAAGGUCAGACAGUGAUGGCCAGAAUAUUUAUCUAACAGUGUUUCCUGUUGAAUAUACUGACAUGGAAACAGAAAUACUAAGAACCAAAGCAGAGCUGAAGCAGGUGGGGUCAGACCACAUCUAAAGCUAUAUCUAAAAAGAGAGACAAAACUGAGAGAAAUUGUGUUUUUCUUUCUCUCAUUUAACGCACAACAAACGUAAAAACAAAUAGAGGUUUAUGUUGACCUCAAAAGGCUGUUUUUUAGUCCAAAGUAAAUAUGCAAGUGUGUUAGGUAUGACAACUGACUGUACAUACAGACAAUACUCUUGUAGGCUGAUGUAUUUAGAGCCUCAUUAGUCAAUAGAGUCAUCAGUCAUGAUGUUACACCCCUUUUACAUCAGCAUAAUGAGAUCUCGCUUUGAUUACAGAAACCAUGUUUGAGAAAAACAUGGUCUUUUGAUUCGAAAGUCUAACCUGCAUUUGAUGUGUUUAUAUGGGGAAUGAAUGCAGACUUUCUGACUGACUGCAGCCAUUAGUAAGGGGAGCUCCAGUUGUUUUGACAUCACACUCGGGGAGGUUUCAUGUUCUUUAAGUUCUUAUAGUCCAUGGUUUGAGUUAAAGUCCAAUCCUGUUGCUGCUUACACAUGGCUGCACUGUGUUGCUUUAGACUAUAUUAAGAGUAUGUUUAAUAUACAGUAUCAUUAUUACUGCACUCUGUUUUUUAAAGCCGUGCUGUCUUGUAUUCUGGCUCCCAUUUACACUAACAGGCAGCAAAGUCAUUGUCAACUGUAUUGAUUACACCUGAGCUCUCCCUGUUAAUUUCUCUAAUGGCCAAUUUAUGCGAUUGAGUCAUCUUGUUAGACUCUGCAGAAUAAAAUAAGCCAUCUAUUAUUCUUUCACCAGAGCCCAUCUAAUGUGUACAGUAAAUCAUACUGGUGAGAUCUGCUGUGACUCAACUGCCUGCUGAUUUAUAUGACCAGAGAAGUGAGAGAAACAAGAAUGAGAACAUAUGGGCUCCUGUCUGUACAUGCAAACUGGGGGAACUAUCUGCCUGUACAGUAUAACUCAUGGACAGUGUUUUUACCUGUGCUGGAGCCUAAGCACUCUUUAUCCCUCUGGAUAAAAACAUCCAUAGCUUUAGGAAGUAUUAUCAUAAUGUUAUAAUAAGCUUUUUCAUUAUCUGAAUCCUGCCUGUUUUUUCAUUUGAUUCCAAAUAUGCAAAUGCUGGAGGUGGUGUUAUUUAUCCUCUCACAGUGAUAUCGAGUACAGCCAAGGGAGCAACACCACAAUUAGGCCUCAUUCUUAAAUCGGGCUGCUCAAGAGAAGACGUGCUAACCAAUGUAGCUGCAUGUGAUUUUUUGCUGAGUUUCCUAUCAAAUAAACAUAGUAACUCAAGAUCAGCACAAAUACUAUAAAUGACAGCUAUUUAUGGGCCAUGAUAAUGACAGAAGGCCAGAAUAUAAUCAGGUUUUUUGUUUCAUGGUUACUUCAAAGCUUGCAGAAAUGUAGUGAGGUUUCAGAUGUGGUUUCUCUGCACUGAUUGCAGUUUCACCCACCUUAUACGUGACUACUGUGUUAAUUUGAUCAUGCAGUGAUAUCGUUGACGUGAUACUGGCUGGAUAUACAAGAAUUAUUUGGUUGUACAUCUGCAAUCUUCUUGAUACACACACUCUUUCUGAAAUGUCUUGAAGUUGAUUGUUAUAGUUCCAGGCAAGUAUAGAAGCCAGGCAGCAGCUCACAGUGGCUUUAGAUACAGGGGACUUAAUAGAUAAGUGUUGAUAUAGCAGUCAGUGUUCCUGAAAUGCUUGGUGAGAGCCUGGUAGUGGGGUGUUGGACAUUAUUGUUCUGGUCUGUGUACCUGUGGACAGCAGGUAGGAGCCUGAGUAAAUGAAUGUUAAACCCCUCUGCAUGACUGCAGAAGAGCUGUUUCUUCACUUACAUGUUGAGACCAAUCUGAGUCAUACGCCUAUUUAUGAAUUUAACCAUGUCAACAGUAAUGGCGCUACCAUAUGGGUGUGGGCACUGAGAUGGUCCAACCCAUGCUUCAGUGUAGUUUGGAGUCAUAGAAAAACAAAAUCCUGUUCUUAUCUUUGUCUACCAAGAAAAUCCACCAAUUCAACACGUAUUGAAAUCUUUGUUAUGUGCAGUUGAGCACAUGCUCCCCAUUCUGCAGUCUUUAUUACAAGGAUCUGAUAACUAGUCUGUGCAAAACAUUUUCAUUUUUUUCACUGAAGGUUAUGAGAAUUGCCCCACCCAAUCAGUAGUUAUGCAAAUCUUUAUAUAAAAACUGAGGGCCUUGUGUUUCUGAAGGUGUAUCACUAAGAGCUUUCUCUCUGUGGUGUAGACUUUGAUUUUCUCAAAACAGCCUGCUGCUCUGUUGGUAUUCAGCCUUUUUAUAAGUAGUUUUCUACUUUACAGGGGAAAUGAAGUGAGUUUUUAUUUUAAAGGCAGUGGAUCAUCCAAAAAUAAUUUGUUUGCAACGCUGAAUCUACCACUGACUGAGGUCAGUCACUGAAGCCAGCCAAGUCAACCGUUCAGUCGGUCAGUUGGUCACACCACCAUCCAGUCAGGAGAAGUCAGACUCCUCUGCCAUGUCGGAAACCGUAAACCUCAAAGUCAACCGCCUGCUAUCUCUCACUUAUUCAUUACCAGAGGAUACAACCCAUGACUGAAGGCUGUGGAGUCAGGACUGAGCGACUGAUACUGUUGGCUGGUGUCAGCUCAGCUCCAAUUAAAGACAUUGAUGCCUAUUUUUUUAAACACAGGCUUCACAGGAAACAUCAGGUAUGAUGCUGUGUCAGGUUUAAGUUUUUAGUCUCUUUUUGUUGAAUUAUACCCCUUUAUCUUUCAUGUACGUACAUUCUGGUCUCAUUUAGGAUUUAAUACUUGUGCUUUAAGUUGUACAAAAAAAAAAAUAUGAAUUGAUUAUUGAUAGGCACAAAGUUAACUAACUAAACUUAGUUCACAUAACUGAACACAUGUAAGAGGAAAGAAAAUGGUAUAAGAUAGUAUAGAGUCAAGAAGUAUCCAGCUUCACUGAUAGUCAUGUUUGAUAAAUGAGAAGAAAGUGAAUAAAUAGAAGCUAACAGUGAAGGAGAAUAGCUCCUGAGUUGCCUGGAAACCCCUGAUCCCAUCUUCCCUCCACCUCCCAUCCUCACUUUUCACUCUAGUCAUUUGUGUUUUGUCAUAUAAACUGAGAUUUCUAUUUUUCUGUGGUUUUAUUUUCACAGUAGGAUAUGAAGGGCAUUCAUGUCUCGUUGAAUUGUGGUAGUUUAUCUUUCAGAGUUGGUGUAUCUAAUCCUUUUUUAAGUGGAGGGUACCAGUUAGAUCAUCAGCUACAUCUUAAAAGUAGGCGCUUUCACACUCUUUAACUGUGUAAGGAUUAAUUUCUUUGCUAUGAUAAAGCAAAGUUGUAGCUUUUUACAGUCAGAUCUUUAAUUAAUUGUGAAUAUUUUAUGUGGAAAACAUCAGCUGACACCUUACACCCUCGCACCAGUUUCAGGCACUAACAAUCACAAUGUAAUAGUUGGCUAUCUCACUGCUGACAGCCUAUUUUGCUAAUGCACAUCAUAACAAGGCAUCAAUAUGAAUUUUAGUCUAUUUCAUUAAUGCCAACUAAAAACUCCUGUCCUCACAGGACCUAUAAGAUGGAUAUGUUAUUAUUCAGGUUUAAACAGAGUAAAAUAAUAUUUCCUCAUAGUUAUCACAAUAGUUUGAUCAGCACUGUAGCACAUACAGAGCAAACAAGCAGAUCAUGCUGUGUUGUUUCACCUGUGCUUGGACUGCUGCAAACGUAACUUCAUACUGAUUGUGUUUACAAUGAGAAAGUCUCUACAUGUGCACCGAGAUGCCAGUGUUUUUCUAUACAUCUUACUACAUCCCAAGAAUAAUAGUAGAAUGAAGACUGAGGCCAAAACUGAGAGCUUGGUGAUGAUGAUGAAGGUGAGCGAAGGAGAGGAGGACUUAACGCAGAAGGAGAGAGAGAGAGCGACAGAUGGCAGGCAGUAGAUUAGCCCUCCCUCGCUGUUCUCUGCCCCUGUGAGAGCAUUGAUCUGACAGAGGCAGCACACUAUCACCUGGUAUUGUUACACCUAAUUUUUCCUCUCACUCAUACUAACCGACUCAAAGAGAGGGGAGAUAAUGGACAAUGUGAUGUUUAUAGAUAAGCCUUUCAUCAAUCUGUAAUUCUUUCAAUGCCUUGCUCCCCAGCUCUGACUUAUUUUUGGGACAUCAAAGCUGUCCCUCUGCCAAAAUCCACCAUCACUUCCUGAAACUGGAUGAGGAAAUGCUUGUGUGUCCGAGGGUUACUGGGCAGGAAGUGUUGAGUAGAAAGAUUGGAAUUUCUCUCCUCCUUUUCCUCCUACGACUUCAUCAUGUGAGUCUGACGGCUGAUCGAAGAGAGAUAGUCAUGGAGAAAGCAGGUGUUCGAUAUUCCAGUAAUGCAGUGAAUAUAGAUGCAACAGACCCAAAAUAAAACACGGUGAAUCAUAGAGUGUGACAUAGAGAUGUAGAAAAUGCUCCAAAGUGCUCUGUGCUGUGACCUCCUGAGGAAAAAUUUCACAGUCGGUCCCACAGCAACACUGUGUUUCAUAUCCAAACAGAAGAGUUUUGUUUUGGCUCUGUUUCAAAUGCCACAACAGGACUGCAGUCACAAGAUGAGACCUAGAAGUAUGCUGGCAAACCCAGCGGUAUAGUUUCUGGUCUUAUGUCAACACGGAGCCCAUUUAUCAAACUUAAUUCCAAUCCAGUCCUGGAAAAUAUCCUGCAAAAUGUUACAGAAAAAUGUCAGGAUUGAAUCAUUCCCCAAAAACAUGAAAUUGAAAGAAAAUCACAUCUCCGCUUUCUACUUUUCACUUCUCGUCAAAACCUGAGAAGCUACAGCAUGCAGGUUUAUGCGAGAGCAGCUCUUUUUCUCCAUUUCUGUGUGUGUGCAUGACUUGACAAGUAUGUUUGUUAGGACUAUAAUGUAACAGACAUGUAGAAAAGCAUGUUCAUGAGUGACAGUCGGCAGACUGGAAGUGGUUGUGUAAUGUACGCGCACCAUGUAUUCAGCCAUAGCGUGUGCCAGAAAGUCAGUUAGUUUGUAAAGCUACCGCGAACUGUGAGCAUCCCUCUGAAAGAUGUGUCUGUUCUGUUACAUUUAAGCUAGUAGAACAAUGAAUGAAGGAGAAAAGACGAUGGCAAAUGUGGAUCGAGUGUCUGCGAGGAAAGAAGUCAUUUCUGUUUUUCUGAGUUAUUUUGGAUUUGAGGAGAGACGAAAACCUGCACUUCAACAUUUAUUUAUACUAUUUCACAAUAUCAUGAAAGCGUUAAACAAAGUCCUCCCAAAGGCUACCUCACAUUUUGUCUCCAGCUAUGACCACAGCAUCUUACGAGGAAAUCACCUUUGUUAGCCCCCAUCAGAUCCUGGAUCUAGUCCAACAAAAUACCGAACAGGGAUUAAUAACUCUUUGGACAAUCAGUGUCUUCUUAUGGAGGUUUUUAUUAGAUUAGCUUGUGUAGCAUUACUGUUUGGCCACUACAGAGUCAGUGUGCACAGUAUUGGAACACGUCCCGGUAGUUUAAAAGCUUUGGGACGCGGCCAGAGUGCUCCUGACUGAAGAGAACAGGACGAGCCCUGUUUGACUCUGCUGACUGACCAGAAUAUCUCUCUCUCUCUCUCUCUCUCUCUCCCUCUGUCUUUCUCGCUCUCCCCCUCCUCUCAGAGACACAAGCGUUCAGUCUCAGCUGCAGCACUGACAACAUGACUGACUCUGCUGUGACUGUGUGUUUUGCAGAUGGCUGCGAGCAGUAGCUGAGGACAGUGCCGGGAGUCCCCCCUCUGUCAGUCCCUGCCACCUGCAAAUAUGAAUGGUAAGACCUCUACAGUGUGUGUCUGUGUCUGUGUGUGUGAGUGGGUGUGUAAAGGAGGGUGAAUGACCACAAAUGUCAGUGUGUGUGUGUGAGUGUGUGUGUGCAUGUUUAAGGCUCUGCAGAUCCACUGAGGCCAGCACACAGACAGCUGUAGUCAUGAUGCAUUUGCAGCUUCACGUGCAUCAGUCUGAAUACACACACUGUUGAAGAAUUGUGUCUAUCACAGCAUUAUUGUUUGUGUCAGUACCGUCUGAUAAACUUACUCUAAGUUGCUGUGCUCAUAAAGUCUGUACAUUUCUCUCCACAUGGUGACACUGGCUUUGUUUGUUAUUGGCGGUGUAUGAAGUACAGUUACAGAAACUUUGAUAGUUUUCUUCACAGAUCUACAUUCACUGUGGAGUAAAGACUCAUGUGUACUCAGCCUCGGUGCUUAAGCUGGUGAAAGUGCUGAACAAAGUGACAGUUCUUCACAGCACAGAGCUUUAUGAUCACUUUGACAGUGUCUGUGGAUUCUUUAUUCCCGCGGCUGGCCUUGGUAGCGCUCUGCUUUGACGUCUCUUUAUUCAUCUGUGUCCUUCUUCCCUCUUUUUCUCUGUAAGUUGUAAAAUGGGUCCUUAAUCUUGUGUAAAAACUUAAAAGAGUGUGCAGUUUGUUUUGCUCAGAUUUAGCUGGGAUUUACACUGUUGUGAUUUAUUUACACAACAGCCUUGAGCCUUUUCAAAAAAAGCAGGUUUACUGAGAGGAAAUCCAUCAUACCAGAAGUCCUUUUGAUACAAUGAUUCAGCAAAAAUGCUGUAAAGAAGCUCUGCGGUUACACAGGCCUUAAUAUAUUUUUUUUAAUAACAGCAUCAUAGUGCUGUCCAAGCGUGUGAUUUUACACAAUGUACAGGUAUUGUGGAGGCAAAGGAGGAGGGACAUGUAAAUAAACAGCACCAGCGACUGCUGUCUCAUCCUGCUGGCUACUCCUUUUACAAAGACAUUGAUUCUACUUUGUUCUUGUGCUGGCCGUAAUGGCAGAACGGCUUUGCCCCACCUUAUACCUGUGCUCCUUUUGUACUGGCAAGUAAGGUAGAGCCUAUGCAUGCAUGUAGGGGAAUUCUGGUGCUGCGACAAUGACAAGAUACUGCUCACAAAAUGAUUUAGCAUAAUUGAUCACCCUCCCCACACACACACACAUACAUUUCUUCUUCCUAACCCCUAAAUGCGAGGCCAGGUUGGAAUAAUGGUGCAAUAUGUUUUAAAUCAAACAGAGACAGCUCUGUCUUGGAAAAGGUUGAUCUGAGGAGUAUCCAUCCUUUCCGCCCCUGUGAUUCUUCUAUUUUUCUCUCUAGGUGCCCCAAGUACGUGGGCGAUCUCCCCAGAGGAGAGGGACAAGCAUGAUCAGAAGUUUGACACCCUCUCCCCUUCAAUGGGCUUUGUCUCAGGUACACUCUUACACACACUUCAUACCAACUGAUCGUUAUGCACAGUCCUUAAAUGAAAGUCUUUUAAAAUACCUCAUUAAUACACAGAGAGACGGUAAGAGGAAGCAGUCAUAUGAAAUGCAAAGAAAUGUUCUUGACAUUCUUGGAAAUGAGGCACGUGCUCAUACCUGAAGACACAAACCAGUGCUUCAAGCAUUAUUUUUUAAGUUUCCAGUUAAGAGGAAAUUUGACUCUCUGUUUUCUCCUGUUUCUUGUAUCUGUCUGUGUCCGUAGGGGAGCAGGCGAGGAAGUUUUUCCUCCAGUCGGGGCUGCCUGCCUCAGUUUUGGCUGAGAUAUGGUGAGACUCACAGGCAGACUCUUGUGUUCACAUUCAGAAUGCGGAGGUGUUCUCUGACAUGUAGAUCUGUAUAUUAACUCCGGGUUUGCUCUGUCUCUCUCUCAGGUCUCUGGCUGAUAUGAAUAAAGAUGGGAAGAUGGACAGGCUGGAGUUCUCCAUUGCUAUGAAGCUGAUAAAGCUGAAACUCCAGGGUACAGCACUCCCCUCAGCACUUCCAAUCAUCAUGAAGCAGCCUCCAGUGCAUGCCCCCACCCUCAAUAAGCCCACCUCAGUCUAUGGUACAGUAUAAAUACCACAUACUGUCAAUUGGAAUCAGUCGUUUUUGGUCAUAAGGACUGUGCUUUGUCUUUGUCGAACUGAUGUGUUAUUUAGUAUUGUUGUUAUUUGCUGUGUUUCAGGGAUGGGUGGUAUGCCCAUGAUGGGGUCAAACCUUACUAUGCUGGCCCCUCUCUCCAUGUCAACCCCUGGACUCUCACCUUUGGCCCCAAUGACAGGCCUCACCCCUAUGGUUCCUACAGUUCCUACGGGCCUCAGCCCUCUGAUUGGCUCCACCCCCCCCAGGCCCAUGAUGCCCGCCAUGGGAAGCGCCACCCUACCUAACGGCACCAUUGGAUUUCUCACUCCAAUACCAGCUGGACCUAUGGCCACUGGUACAGACUACUUUCAUGUCUCACUUUAUUUUCUGUUUUUGUCUUCUGUCUUUUGAUUUCCACUCCGUUUACUGUAAGAGACUUGCUUAGUAUCUCCUGCAUGUUAAUCAAUCUGCUCUUUUUAUUUUCACUUUUAACUGCAUGCAGAAUAUCCAACAUUUCUUUAGAAAUAAACCCAUUUGCAGAGUCAGGUUUCUGCCUCAUCUCCAUACAAAUAACCUCUCUGUCCUUCUGGAGGUCAUAAGCAGGGCUGUUAGAUAUUAUACGACUGACCCUCUGCAGAUUUUCUCUCCCUUUCUGAAAAAUGUUUUUUGGGGAAAAAACAAGAUCGAUAACAUGUUGCUGUUGAUUAUGGCUGUAGUGAAAGCUGACAACUAUAUUGGUGUGCUUUGUGUCAUCAGGUCUGCCUUACCCUGGAUCCACGUACACCUCCCCGCUGGCCCUCUCCUCUGCAACUCCUGCAGGUCUAAACAAAGCCUCGUCUCUGUUGGACCUGGGAUCUAGCAGGUAACACAUGCAGAGACAAACCUUCACAGACUUUUAAGAAGUGCAGAACUAUUUCCUCUUUUGCACAGUCAGAUGGUCAUUUAUUCUGUCACUCCCUUUGAAGUUAAAAAUAGCGCUGAAGAUUUUUGCUCCGUUUGUGUCACUGUCUGUUCUUCAGCUCCGCUUCCUCCUCACCCUCUGUGAUGUCUCCCAUGGCUGCUGGUCCCAGUGACUGGGCUGUGCCACAUGCCUCCAGACUCAAAUAUAGACAGCAGUUCAACGGCCUGGAUAAACACAUGACUGGAUACCUCACUGGUACGAUGAUGCAGUGUGUGUGAGUGUGUAUGUAUGUGAUGAGUGUGUUGGUCAUGUCAAACCGAAUUAUGCCUGGAAUGCAGGCGUGGACACUCAUGAACACUCACAAAUGAUUUCAUAACGGUUGCCUCCCUCCUCCUCCUCCUCCUCUCUGUGGGUGUCAGGCCUUGACUAACUCUGAGGAAGUGAAGGCCGCGGGUGUGUACAGACUCCGGGAUGGUUUCUCAACACGCACUUGCACACACACACGCGCACACACACGGGGCGAAGUAUGCAUUCAUGUUCUCGCUUCGUUCAGUUUCUGCAAGCCUUGUUGGACAGGUUCUCUUCUAAAAGCCAUGAAGCCGUCAAACAACAAAUGAACUUAGUGAUUACACACACACACACACACACACACACACACAGAUUUACUUAAGACUUUCAGAUCAUUUCCUCUCAAUGUGAGUCAACAUUUUUUGUGUCUAGCUCAUAUAUGGCAUAUUUUUUUAUUGUAUUGUGCAAUGUUGAUGGCCAAACCGUACAGCAUUGACCACGCGGGCGAGAGGUGUGUGUUAGGUCAACACAUUGAAUUAACACUAAAGGUAAAGUUUGGUAUACUGUCACUGCCUUUUUUCAUCAUCUGCUGCUGAAGUUCUAGUCUCACCCUUUGACUUUAAAAACAUCCAGAAACCCUGAACUCGGUCUCAAAAGCAGCUCUUAAGAUCUAUGGGGCCUCUCUCUGUUGUCAACAGUAACAAUGAAGUUAAAUGACCAAUGAGCACACACUCUACCUGCACUUACACACACACUCACAGCCAUGACUUCAUCCUCUUCUUACCACACCCAUAAAUCUGUGCUAUACAGGUGUCAUGACAUUUAUCACUCUUUGUGGCCAGGUCAGCAGGUGAGAGGUGCCAUGGCAACCACGAUGCUGACUCAGACACAGCUGGCCUCCAUCUGGUGAGAAUGUCAUGUGUGAAUGUGUGUGUGUCUGAACAUGUCCUGUUAUUGCCACAGUGUAGGACAGCUCCAGUCAAGUUUGGCAGCAAAGAAUAAGAAACUUCAUUCUUCAGAAGGCCGUGUGACAAUAAGCUUUUGUUUACCAAGGAAAUCUUAGUUUGUGUGAUGAGCUCUUUAAGUUAUUCAAACGGCCCUGAUUCCCAGAGUUCUGCUUUACUUUCCCAAACCUUUCUGCUUGGUUUGUAUGUGUACCACUCUUUUCAGCAGUAAGGAUUUGGUAAAUUUGAACUAGCACAUAGUAUGUUUGGUUGCACAGAUCCCUCCAUUAUUUGUUUACAUUUUUAUUUACCCAUUUUAUAUCAGUUCAUCCUCCUGUAGCAGGAUUGCAGCUUAUCGUUGUCUUUACAAACCCAAUUUCCAAUGAAGUUUUUUUUUUUAAUGUGAAUAAAAUUAGAAAACAAUGAUUCGUAGAAGGUAAAGGCGAUGUUAUAAUACGGUCCCUGUCACUUCAACAUCAGUGGAGAUCAGAGUCUAUUUACAGAUGAGAAGUUUAGCAGCUUAACAUCACCGGCUAAUUCAGUAGUUUGGUACAGCUCUGAUUAAAGAGCUGGUUAACAUCAGUGAUCACCUCUUUUCUUACCUUCCAACCCUGUAUGUAAUCGGUCUGCAUUUGUAGCUUGUAGCAGGGAUGUUUAAUAUAUCAUCUUCUAAAACUCACACCCUCAGUGUGUCACCCUCUCACAGGAAUUUGGCUGAUGUGGAUAAGGACGGCAAGCUAAGAGCUGAGGAGUUUAUUCUGGCGAUGCAUCUGGUGGACAUGGCAAAGACUGGACAACCUCUGCCGCUGAUUCUGCCGACUGAGCUGGUUCCACCCUCAGAACGGUAAGUGCACACGGAUGACUGCAUUAAAAUUAACACUGUGCAGUCAGUGUAGGAUUAAAAAAAAAUGAAGAUAAGAGUUCAUGUGAUACUUAAAUGAUGUGAAGCGUUCAUAAAGACACUUGAUUUCUUUAUAAAUCCUCCAGGACGACAGUAAAUGGAUCCAGCUCCUCUCCCUAUGCAGCUCUAAAGGAUGACAUCGAACCCCCACAGAAAACCAAACCCAACUGUUAGUACUCACUCCAGCAUCCUUACACACUGGACAUUUGCAUGAGCAAUAAGUGCAGCUAAAUAAGGCCUGUUGAGUCAAAGAAUGGAAAGGCAGUCCACGACAGUCCAUUGGUGGAUGUUGAAUACUGUUUUAGUCUCUGUAACAUCAGUCACAACCCCAUAAUCCUGUCAGUCAUUAUUUUGUCAUUGAAUUCUGCCAGAAACUCAAAUUGAUGUUGAAUUUCUUAGUUUCUGUCUCUUCAUUUACUUCACUUCCCAGGAGAGUUCAAGAACAUGUCAAUUCAGUCAUUGAUUUAUUUAAAUCUAUGUAUGAAAAAUGUCUUAGUUUAUAAUUCUUUUAGGAUUUGAGAGCUUAUAAACAAAUACUAAGAAAUCUCGCCACCGACUUCCUCAGUGCGUUUCGUAUUUCCAUCAAUUUUCAGAUACUUUUGAGGAUAAAUUCAAGGCCAACCUGGAGCGAGGAAACGCCGAGCUGGAGAAAAGACGUCAAGCCCUGCUGGAGGCGGAAAGGAGGGAACAGGAACGGCGUGCCCAGAAGGAGAGGGAGGAGCGAGAGAGGAGAGAGAAAGAGGCGCGGGAGGCCGAGGAGAGGAGGAGAAAAGAGGAGGAGAGGAGGCUGGAGCGACAGAGGGAGUUGGAGAGGCUGAAAGAAGAAGAGCGACAGAGAGAGAUAGAGAGGAAGGAGGUGAGAAGAGCUCAUUAAAGCUCUUAGAAUGACUUCCUUUUGCAUUUUAGAGUGUUUUUUUUUUUACAUGUUUUGUGUCUUGUAUGUGAUCAUGUAAGGCUGCACAGCGAGAGCUGGAGCGACAGAGGAAGGAGGAGUGGGAGAGGAGGCGUAGAGGAGAGCUCCAGAUUAAGAGGGAGCAGGAGCAAGAUGAUAUCAUCAAACUGAAAGCAAAGAAAAGAAGCCUGGAGAUGGAGCUGGAGGCUGUGGUGAGUGUCAGAGACAGACAGGCGUUGUACAAGUUUAUUCUCAUCUUUUUGACAUAGGUCAGUCUUAACAUUUCAUACACCAUCCAUCCAUCCUUCACUUCAGGGUAAUAAGCACCGUCAGAUCUCAGAUCGACUGCGGGACAUUCAGAACAAGAAGAAAGUUCAGAAGACAGAGCUCGAUCUGACCAAUCAGAGGAUAGAGACACGCCAGCAGGACAUCUACAACCUGCAGAAACAGUUAGAGGUACGCUUUCGCUUUUCGUGUUUCAGAGUCUCAAGAAGUUGUUUUUGUCUUUCUCUCAGAAACUUAUUGUGGUUUUAAAGUUAAGAUCGUUCGCUCGAAAGUUCUCUAACAUUUUCCUCCAGUGAUUCGCGUCUCACUGCUUCUGCUACAUUUUCUCAUCAUUUCAGGAGUUCCAGAGAAAGUUGUCCCAGCUGACUCCAGAGCAGAAGAGACUGACAGAGAAACUCAAAAACAUGUCUCUGAAUCACACGUCUGGUUAGUACUGGUGGAUGAAUUCGCAGAAACAAUCAUGUCACACACUGAUUGAACAACGUGGUGGAAAAAAAACAGACCUUUCAUGUAAAAUUGAAACCAAGUCAUUGAGGUUGACAGUAACAUGUGAUAGCAAAAAUCUCAUCGACUGAGUAAUACGUAUUUAAGACAUAUGGAGAGUAAGAAAGUGAUUUAUUUCAGCAUGUAGAGGAAGAUGCCGUUAUUUUCUAUUGAAACAGAAUCACUUUUUAACUGGGAAGACCCAUUUUUCUGUCUCUGUUUGUUUGUAGUUUCUAGCAUGUCGACCCUGAAGUCGGGUGUCACUGAGAAAAAAGGAACAUGUAUGAAACUGAGACAGCAGCUGGAGGCUCUGGAGAAAGAAACGGCAGCCAAACUGGCUGAAAUGGACCAGUAUAACCAAGAUAUGCAGGUAAGAAUGAAGUACACUUCUAACAUUAGCAUGGCGUCAUUUAAAGCAACAUUUUACAGUCAACAGCUUCAGUCAGCCUGAGCCUUCUCCAUAGAGUAGCACGGGCACAUGUUAGUUAAAUAAACAAAUUCUGUUUGAUAUUAAAAAAAGAGGAAAAAAAAAAAGCAGUGCAGCGGGGCAUUGUGGGUACUCUGAGGGACAGUGGACUACUGCUCUCACAAAAACUAAAACAGUAGUUUAUGGUUUGCAAAUCAUUUAAUGCCUUUUUUAAUUUUUGCUUAAAUGUGUAAAACAUCAAUUAAAUUUAUAUGGUUUGGUGAGAAAUAUAUACUUGUUUUAAAUGUGUUGGUAGCAAUAUGUUUCAAAUCAGUCGAGGCAGAGACGGCAGAACACUGUAAAUGUUCUGUAAUGUUAAAAAAAACAAGUCACAUCAACUGACAACAAGUUAGUAACAUGACUGCGUAUAAAAAGGGAAUCCCAGAGAGGCUGGGUGUCACAGAAGGGAGGAUGGAGAGAGGUUCACCACUCUGUGAGAGACUGUGCCAGAAAUAGGAAAACAAGGUUCAGCAUUUCAUUUGCUGUCAUUUAAAUAUUGGCUUUUAGUCAUUUGCAGACCAUCAAAUCUGGUUCUUAUGAUUUAAUACAGCGUCCCAGCUCUAAUAAGCAUUAGUAGUUGUUCUUUCCUACGUUCACAGACUAGAAAACCAGUUUUUGUAAGAAGUGUCCGGAUGGUGUAAAGAAUAAUUAACAGCUGGAUACACUUUUUCUCAAAAGACCUCCAAAUCUAGUUUACCUGAGUUUUAAAUAACAGAUGUGUGUUUUUGUCUUUUCAUCUUAAUAUGAAACAUAUUUAAAAAUAACAAAGUUUAGGAGUAAAUCAGUAGUCCUCUUGGAGAACUUACUGAGACUUACACUACUACACACUAAUGGCUGCAGCUUAGCCCUUAAUACCUCUUUUCUCUCCUCCUCCUCAUCUUUUCUUUCCACCAUCACUUUCAUCCCUCUGUAACUCUAACAUUUCUCUUCCUUCUCUGUUCCUUUCCCUUCAAAAUGACGUCCUUUUUCUCUUCUGUUACCCUUUACUCUUUACUACUUCCUCCCACUAUCUCUCUUUACUCUCAUCCAUCCUUUAUCCGAUGUCCCCAGACGUCACAGUAUGUGGGUGAGGAGGACGUAAUGCUUCAGGCUGUCUUCUGUCUGCUGGCCUGCCUCCGUAACCUCUUCUACCUACUAAAGGUUUUCGCCUUAGGUGUCUUUGUUGUUCUUUUAAUCUCGUAUCCCCGCUGCUUUAUUUUCUAUUGUGCAAUCACCCUUCUCAUAUUUCUGAGCUGUUGAAGCUUUUCUGGCUUUUAUUCUCAGGCCACUUUUCCUUUUCUCUGUGUGUCAGACCCUACUACUAAUCGAUGUGUUAAACCCCUCUAACAUGUUUGUACACGCCGUGUGUGUGUGUGUUUGGUCCUUUAUCAGCCCAUCUAACCAGCUCAUUGUGGUGCUGUCACGUUUAGUUUUACUGUCCCAGAGAAGUAGGGUUUGAAUCAUUUUUUUAAUGCAUCAGGAACUUCGAGAGAGCCAGAGACAGCAGCAGGCAGCGCUGGAGAAAUUACGGAGCAUCAAAGAGGACAAACGGCGUGAGCUGAUUCGGAGGAAGGAGCAGGAAGAGGAAAAGAGGAGGAAGGAAGAGGAGAGGAAACGGCAGGAGGAGGAAAGGAGACGGAGGGAGGAGGAGGAAGCUCAAAGGUAUUUGGGAUUUCUGGAGGAUUUAUUUUCACAGAUUUAAAAAGAAAAACAAACAAAGGUCGUGUCGCUGUGAAGUGUAAUUUCUGGUAGCUACAUUCUGGUUUUGACCCAAACUUUGAGAAUAACUUUGGUGUUUGCUCUUCAUCGCAGGCGAAUCAAGAUGGAAAAAGACCGCCAGUGGCAGGAGAAGCUAAGGAGAGAUGAAGAGGAGCGCCAGAGGAAGCAACAGGAGGAGAGGGAGGCCAAACAGAGGGAGGAGGAGGAGAGGGAGAGACAGGCUCUCAUCCAGGCCGCCAAGGAGCAGGCCGAACGAGAGCUUAGAGCGAAGGAGGAGGCAGAGCGGAAAAGAAGGGAGGCCGAGGAGAGGAAGAAAAGAGAGGAAGAGGAGCGACAGAGGCAAGCAGAGAGACGAAGGCAGGAGGAGGAGAGGAGAAAGCUGGAGGAGGAGAGGAGGCUGCUAGAGGAAGAGAGGAAAAAACUAGAGGACGAGAGGAAGAAAGAGGAGAAAAGACGGAAAGAAGAAGAGGAGCGGCGUAAAAGGGAAGCUGAGGAGAGGAGGUUAGAGGAGGAGCGGAGAGAGGAGGAGCGCAGAAGAGAGAGAGACGAGGAGGAGAGGAGGAGGCAGAGGGCGGCCGAGGCUGCCGUCCGAGACGGGGAGGAGAGGCGAAGACGGGAAGAGGAGGAGAGAAAGAGGAGAGAGGAGGAGGACAGGAGAAAGAGGGACGAAGAGAGGAGAAGGCAGCAGCAACAGCAGCAGCAAGAGGAGGAGAGAAGGAAGCGUGAAGAGGAGAGGAAGAAGGCCGAGGAGGAGAGGAAGAGAAAGGAGGUGGAAGAGGAGAGGAGGAAAGCAGAGGAGGAGAGAAAGAGGAGGGAGGAGGCGACGACCCGUCAGUCGCAGGCACAGCAGCCGGGCGGAGGAGGGAAGAUAGACAUUCAGGAGAAACUGACGGCUCUGCUGAGGGGGCUGGAGGAGAGGAAAGGUAACACACACACGUGCACACACUUGACAGCUGCAUGAGACUGAGAACAACUCGUGCUUGGUUCUAGUUUAUUUUGUGAUAUAAAAAAAAGGAUGAGAAAUUGUAGCAGAAACAUGUAAUAAAAAGUGUGUUAUGUACUGUACAUACUGGUGCUUCAGGCUGAAGGAGAAGGUGACGUGCAGUUUCAUAGUUCAGUAUUGUUGUUGACUCUGAAUGUUAGUAUUUGCUAACAUUCUGAGUGAGAAGCAUUGAUUGUUUAUUUGCAUGAAUAAUAUAAUACAUGUUCUGCCUUUUGCACAAUGUUUCUUGCAAACACUGUGAUAACAAUAAAUAUAUGUAGAGUGCAGCCCAGACACUCUCAAGUACGUAUUGAACCUUGUGUAAAGUUACAACGAUGACCCCUCAUUAUUAUUCUAGGAGGACAACCCAGAGCAAUGCAGCACAGAAAGUCGGCCGCUCUCACCUCCUUUAAAGCGCUCUACCCAUUUACUGCUCGAAACAACGAAGAGCUCACCUUCAAUGCAGACGAUAUGAUUGAGGUAAGAUCAAAUUUUACAGUCUUUCAGCUUAAACACAAGCUGGAGCUUAUUCUUUUCCAAAUGAUUCCCUCGAUUUUGUCCUCAACCUUUAAUUCUUUUCUUCCUCUUGUCCUCCCCGUCAGGUUGAUGAGACGACAGAGCGGGAGGAGGGCUGGCUGUACGGCAGUAAACAGGGGAAGAUGGGCUGGUUCCCAGAGAGCUACGUUGAAAGGGUAGCUCCAUCAGGAACUGCUAAUGCAACCGCUGCUCCUUCGGUUUCUGCCUCUGCUGCUGCUGCUGCCACAAAAAUACCGCUGCAGUCGCAGCUUUCUAAUGCCCUGGAGGCCGCCAAGGCAGCAGGGACAAAGUCUGCUUUCACACCGACGCACUCUCCAAACCCUGCUCCCUCAGAGACACAAGGACAGGUGAGGGGUGUGACAGUGAAGAAGAGUGUGGAUUCUUUUACCACUCCACGAUUUUCAGCAUUGAGUGUAUUUUCUGAACACACAGACUCACAUACUCACUGUUCUCUCCGUGCCUCUUCUAGCAGGUGGUGGGUAACGUGUUAGCCCAGGCGCUGUGUUCAUGGACCGCAAAGACAGACAACCAUCUGAACUUCAAUAAGGACGAUGUCAUCCAGGUGUUGGAGCAGCAGGAGAACUGGUGGCUGGGAGAGCUCAACGGUGAACAGGGCUGGUUCCCAAAGACAUACGUGACACUGCUGGGAGAAGAAGACGGCUCUGAGUGAGUGUUGAGAGGGUUGGACAGUGGCUUUACCACUUCAUAAGAAUAUCAACUUUUUAAACUCUUGAUUCUUCUUCGACUGUUUUUGUUGACAUGUUCAGCAAAGUAACCAAGAGUACAAACUGUUGGUUUAGCUGUUUACAAAAACAUGGAGGACACUCUGAUAGCUGAACCUUUUUGUCAACAUUUAAUAAAUACUGAUCAGCAGCAGCGGAUGUUUGCAGAGUGUGAGGCUAAGUCACUGCUCAAGUUGUAAGGAGAUGUGUUUGCUUGUGUUGCAAAAACAGCUAGAGGGAUUUUAUCCUGUUGAUAUGGCCGACAGUUUGCGUAGAAAUGGACUUUCCCCCAGCUGAUUAGUGACUCCAGUAAAUUUUAAAGUAGAGGGAGACACUCAUAGUCUCAGAUUUAUGUCACUUUGGGAAUACUUACCUGCUAAAUGAAAGUGAGAGGCAGAAACAGAGUUUAAAUUAUUAUAUAUAUAUAUAAUAUUUGACACUGUGCAAUGUGAAGUGGGGAGGCUGAAAUUCCUUCUCCUCUGCUCUGCAUAUGAACAUGUUUCUUUUUGUUUUUGUUUUUUUGUAUUUAAGCGAUCCUUUUUUAUCUGUGUAACUCAGUGAAAACAUGCAUCAGUCACAUGAUCAGUCUCUGCAUGUCAGCCUGAAAGUGUGGUAUUUAUUCUAGUAUGUGAGGAACUCAGGUGGCAGGAAUGACCUCAUUCCUCUGUGAUGAGGAGUCUGCUGUUAAAACUGUCACUCACUCACUCACUCACUCACUCACUCACACGAUCAGAUGUUACAUUACAGCUCAGUUUAUUCUUCACUGACCGCAAGAUUGAAUCAGACUCCGAGAAGCUGAAUUUCCUGAUAUACCAGUUGACCGAGUUCACGUCCUUCGCCUUGAUAACGAGGCUUGGCUGGUUAAAAUUAAAGAUAAGAGUGAAAAUAUCUUUAAGCCUCGACUUUAGGUGCUCGACGCAACUUCACUCUGUGGAUUACAUUACAGACUCGGACUGAGCCGCAUAGAUUUAUAACCCGAAUCUUUCAAAAAGUUGUGGUUGGUUUUGCUUCUUUUCUUUGCUGCCUCCAUUAACACUAAAAGCUCUGGAGGAUGAUUAAUUUGAUGGACAGCGUUUAUGAAUAAGUGUGCUAAUGCUGUCCUUCUGUAUCUGAAGCGUGAAGAGCUCCCCGCCUGAUGCUGUGGAGUCUGGAGACAGCCUGCAGCUUGAAGGUACGCUGAAUUUCUCUUUGAUUGUGAAUCUUGUAUCAUGGUUAUUUAUGAAACUUGAUUUAGUGGUUGAAGAUCCAGAAAUGGGAUUUUCGAGACCUAAAAGACAUUGGUCUUGAAUUUAAAGUGAUAUCUGUGUAGUAGAGCUAAUUGUCGUGUUCAUUUACUCCUUUCUAUCAGAAUAUGUGGCGCUGUAUACCUAUGAGUCUCCAGAGCCGGGUGAUCUGACCUUCAGAGAGGGAGAUGUGAUCCUGGUGAGCAAGAGGGAGGGAGAGUGGUGGAACGGCUCAAUAGGCGACCGCUCAGGUCUCUUCCCCAACAACUACGUCAAACCAAAAGAGACUGAUGUGAGUCCUGGCCUGAAUUACACAUUUGAGAGUGGUUUUGUGAUGAUACUGUAUGAAUUUUUGACGUUUUUUUCUUUCGUUUCAGACAUCAAGUGUGUCUGGAAAGAAGAAACCAGGUGAGCUCAGGAUCUUGUCUUUUUUUCAUCCUCCUUUUCUCAGCCCAUCUUGUUUUAACACAUUUCCUGGUUGUUAUGUAUCUGCAGUUUAAAGGUUUGUUUAUGUCUCUGCGUGCUCACACAGAGAUUGCCCAGGUGAUUCGAGCCCAAUCCUCUUCAACCCCUGAACAGCUGAGUCUGGAAAACGGCCAGCUCAUCCUGGUCCUCAGCAAACACAGCUCUGGCUGGUGGCUGGGAGAGCUGCAGGUCAGUGUUUUGAUCAGUUUGUGGAGGAAAUACUGUCCAGAAGGUAUCAACUGAGGAUCCGUGAUAAAACUCAAGUUGGGAAUUUUGUUCACCUUGGUUCACUGAUUCAAAGAGGAGAUAACCAGCUAAUAGAAAAGUCUCUGCACUCUCCUGGUCCACAGCUUUGGUGUUCAUUGCAUCCGUGCUGUCUGAUGAAACCUGAAGACAUCCUUUGUGUAUUUGUUCAUAUGUGUGAAUAUUUGUGUUUUUUCAUCGUAGGCUCGUGGUAAAAAACGUCAGAAGGGCUGGUUCCCUGCUUCUCAUGUCAAAAUAUUAGGAUCCAACAGCGGAAAGUCCACACCAGCACCACAAGCAGGUAAAUCACACAUACACACACUCAUUAGUCAUAGCAGUUUUAUUCCAUUAGAGGCGGUCAGACUGCAGUUUACACGCCCUCCAUGUAAGAAGGUGAUGCUUUAAAGCUGGGUUUAUGCUGACUUUGCAAACCUGAUGAAGCUGCAGGUGUGUGUUCAUGUAAAAAUGAGUUUUUCGGUCUGAGUGACGAAUCUCCUUAUUUUCUGUCACAUUGUAGUUACUCGUGUUUUUACUCAGUUGUUUGCACAGGAUUUGAAUAAACCGUUUUCACCGGAUAGUUCGCUGAAACACACAUAUCAACACAAACUCUGGUUGUCUUCUUGAGUUUGGCGGCCUACACACACUCACCCCUUUAUGUGAUGAAUAUGUGUGAGGGUCUAGUGUUCAGACUUUAGUGUGGGGAUUAGUUUGAUACAACAGAAACACACUUUUACACAUCAACAUUAAGAAGAACAAAAGCACUGCGCAUUAUAAAGUGGAAGUAAAUAAAGUGAUAAACACUCUUUUUUUUAUCUCUCUGUCAGUCUGUCAGGUGAUCGCUAUAUACGACUACACAGCCGCCAAUGGAGACGAGAUGAGCUUCUCCAAAGGUCAGCUGAUAAAUGUCCUGGACAAGAACGACCCUGAUUGGUGGAAAGGAGAGAUCAACGGGACCACUGGUCUCUUCCCCACGAAUUACGUGAAGAUGACCACAGCGGAGUGUGACCCCAGCCAGCAGUGUAAGAAAACCUUCGAGUGUCUUACCCUGAGAGAAAACAUGCAUGUCUUUAACACGUAGACCCUCUUCUCUAUGUCACUGACUAAAUCUAAAAACCUCGUCUCCCAUCAUCCUUUAUCACCCGCCUCACUAUUUGACUUUCUCCCCUGUCUUUCCUCCUGUGUUGCCCUCCUUUUUCUCCCUCCCUUUUCUUCCUCCCCCUUGGCCUCUGUCUCUUUCUCCUUCUAGGGCGAUAGAAACUCCUCCUCCUCUUCUCCUCCCGUUCUUCCUCUCCUCCUCCUGACUUCAGAGAGACCCACUGUUGCACACUGCUCUGAAGGAGUGGAGUGUUUGGACUCCUAAUCUACUAACUUCUCCCUCCUCUGAGCUCCUCUUUCUGCUUUAGAGACACAAUCAUGACCUGAAAACACUCUCCUGUGAUCCAGAAAACUGACUCUAACAGCUGUGAACGCCAAAGUGCCUUAUACAAAUUAUUAAAAUUGCUUUUUUUUCUGUUGUUUUGAUCAUGAGCUGAUGGCGCUAACUCAUCAGAUUUAUCAGAAAGUCCAUCUAGCAGAGCAAUAGUGGGUCUCUCUGUAGCUCGUCUCUCUCCUUUGUUUAAACUUCUUAUUUUUUCUUAUUCUUAAUCUCCAGUUUGUGGGUUCAGCUCACACAGAGCCCACUAUUUGUCUCUGUCAUAGAUGUGUCUGCUCUUCAGUCUCUUCCUAAGCCUUAGUCUAACCAUAUGCAGUGAAAAACAUACUUACACAUGAGCCCGGUAAGGGAUUUUGAGCCAGCCUGAUGGUCUAAGUUUCUGCCCUGGACUUGUCAGUGAAAAAAAAAAGAUGCAUAGAUCAAGUCAGGGAGAGAUAAAGUUAGAGACAUCCUCACAGGAGAACAUGUUUUAACAAAUCUCAGCAGGUGUUUGAAUGGUACCUAGGGCUGGGCGAUAUGGGAAAAAGUUUAUCACAAUAUAUUUUUUUAUAUCAGUCGAUAUCGAUAUAUAUCACGAUAUAAAAAAUGAAAUUUAACAGUGCUUAUUAGUAGCAUGUCUUUUGCAAUACAAUAAGCUACAGCAUCUGUGAGGUCUUUGUGUUGCUUUGACGUUUUCUCGUAAGGCGUUGCGUUAGAGAAAGCGAACCGAAUGGUCAGCUGUUUCAGCUGCACAGGCGCCAUGGGCUCCUUGCUCCGCUCUGUGUUUGUAACCUUUUGCACUACUUCAGGUGGUAAAAAAGAUUCGAGGUAUUCCUGACUUUGCAAGAACAUGUACUUGACAUAAUUUGCAGUGCACAUUACUCUGCUUCAUGUCCGACCCUUAAAAAAACAAAAUAUGUCCACACCACCGACAAUUUCAUGCCAGUGUUGUCGACAAUGUCGUCAUCUGUUGAGCCUUCAUCUUCAUUUCUUUCAGGAGUAGCACUCAUUUUCUUUUUUUUCUCACCCACAGUGCUGUCAGCUUCACAUUUUAAAGUGCUAUAGUUGUGUGUAGCUGCAGCCUGCUACUACGCAGUUGUUUGCUACUUGGUUCUAAUUCAGCACAUGAUUGGUUCAGCACGAAGCGGACCCGGAGCAACUCCCCUAUUCAUUGGCUAUGUGUAUAGUCUACUAAAACAUGGCAGAAUGCCGACUAUCGAAAAUUGACCAUGUUUUAUAUUGAUAUCGAGGGAAAUUAAUUCUCAAUAUACAUCACUAUCGUUUUAUCGCCCAGCCCUAAUGGUACCCCAUCCUUUCACCGUACGUGAGCUGUAACCGACAAGCAGAAAUCCCCAGUCUGUCCUCUUUAUUUAAAAGCCAUAAAGGGGUCAGCUGUCAUCUCAAGCUGAAGUGGUUUCGACGUGGGAUGAAGUGGCCAUAUGGCACACACUUUCAGGCAGAAGCUUUGACCUUCAGGGCUGAUCACGCAAACUGCUGCUGCUCCUUACAUCAGACUGUUUUCUGCUGUUUUCUGCUGCUCUGAAUGUUUUUAAUGCAGAAAGUGACUGCACACUUGCUUUAAAGUAACAAACAUGAACACAUGAGAAAGUUAUCAUGACAAGACAGUGGACACAUGACUGUCAUGGCAAUAUGUAGAACAAAAUCUAUGCAAGCUUCACAUGCUGUAAUACUGUGAUUUCUGUGUCUAUUCAGAGAAACUCGGAGGGAAAGUUCAAACCACACAGUUCAGGGGUCUCAUUUAUAACAGUUACUCACACUAAACAAGGACAUGGAGGGGCGUAUGCCACUUUUCAUGCUAAGUUUCUCAUCUGUAAAACAAAUAUGGAGAUAUAAUGUGCUCAUUGGUGAGCAGACUUCUGUACGUACGAGGACGGGGACAUUACUGAAGCAGAUGGUUUGAGAUAAAAAAAAAUUGUACAUUGAUGCCUUACAUAUAUUUGACUUCAUUAGAUAAUGAACAAGUGACUGAUCGGCAGUACUUCAUUAUAAUCAGUAAAAUUAGCAGAUUUCAAUUUCAUUUCAUGUUGACUCUUGUGGGCUGUUUUUCAUUCAGUCAUGAAAAGAUCAAAUCAGCUCUUAAAACCCACCAAAUAUCUCACCUGCACCGUCACACAUUUCUUUGAAGCACAGAGUACAAAACCAGAGUGUAUCCCAACUUCAUAGAUGGAUGUAAAAAUCUCAAAUAGCAUCAAAAAAGUGUAAAACAAUGUGGAGCAGAGUGUCACGAGCUUGACUGUAUCCUCCAAGACCCUGCAGCAUGAACAAGAUGACUACAUGAUGCACAGAGAGUACACAGAAACACAGCCAUGGCUGCUUCACACACGUUGCUGUCUUAUCUCAACGUGUCAUCAUCACCUCCACAUGUUCAUCAUCUUAAUUAGCAGAGUGUGGACAUGACGCCAUGGGCAGCUCUCGCAGUUAUUACCCCGCUCAUACUUAGUCAAACUGCAGGUCAGGUUGAGCUUUAAUGAACCAACAUGUUAAAAGUUAAAUUUACAGCUCACACUUCACUUCACUGACUGAUGUGAGCACUCCAGCAUCAUGGGGAGAAAUCAGUGAAGGUCCUGUAGAUGUAUAAAAACUGCAGUGACACCUGUGUGUGAUGAGAAAAGGUGGAUGUCCUGGCACUGCUAAUCGCUGCAGCAACAUACUGGAGUGUCACUCUUAUUUCAGUUUGAAUUUGUGACCCUCCUGUUGUAACAGAAAAACAACACACGCUCUCUGACUUCCACUUCAUUCAUAAGCACCACCUCUUUGUUGUGAUUUAUUGAGCCUACAAUCUGCCGGCUCAUUUACAUGCGUUUUCAUUCAUGAGGCGUUUUGAGUUGACUGGUUUAUGGAUGAAUAAGGGCGUGUAGAGGGCUGAAUAUGAGGCUGAUCGAAAAAGGCACAUACUCUCAGGCAGAUUGUGAUUCAUUGAAGGAGUGCUGGACCACAUUUCUGAGACUGCAUCUGGGGAGGCCAUGUUUUGUUUUGACAGUUGUGGUUCAGGUGAGGGUAAGGGUCAGAGUUAGACGCUAGAAUCAGGGUUCCUACACAGUUGGAAUUUCCAUACCCUACUUUUGAGAAUUGUUUUUGGAAAUACCUACUUUUUUAUUUUAGAAAACAGUAUUUUAGGACUGUGGUAAUAUUGUCUGUUAACAUAAAUAUUUUUCCAUACUUUAUUUUUCAUUUUCUAUAUUUUUAAAGACCUGGACAUUGAUCUAAUUUAUUUCCAUACUUUUCCAUACUUGCGUAGGAACCCUGUAGAAUACUUGCUUCUCACACUGAAAAUGCACCUCAACAGUCAAAAUGGAUGAAUGGCAUCUACUCCAUGUUGCUCACACUAUCAAGGUUCUCACACUUCUGGUUCUGAAUCUGCAGCCUCUGGGGAGCUAUAUCAGGGUUUUGGGCAUAUGUAUGGAUUUUCCACGCUGUUUUAUAAACGAGACCCUGGGUGUCUUGAGUAGACUUCUACCACUAUUAGUGUAAUUUUGCAGGAAAGAAAAAGCUCAACCUGUUUGAAAAAAAGCUUUAAUAAGCAAACUCAGUGAACCAAAUACUUGAAUUCGAUUUGUAAAAAUCUGCAGAAGGUUUUGCUGAAACUUACCGACUGAAACCUGCAUCACGAGUUCAUAAUAACAGGCUGUUUGCACUACUGGUUUGAUAAGAUAUGAAGAGUAUUUGAGGUGAGCACUUGAGACAGGAAGGUGUAACUAUUUUUGAAGAUGUGUCUGAUAUAUAUUUUCUGAUUCUGAAGUAGAGAAUAAAGGUUGGUUUGAGAAGAAAUAAAGUGUUUUACUGUUCAAUGAACUGUUUUCUUCACCUCUGUGGUUUUUUUGCAUGUCUGAGUAAAUGAGCUUUUAGCUUUUAAUGAGGGAGUUUUUUAGUGUAACUGAUUUUUAUAGCUUAUUACAUCAAGAGAAGAGACCAAAAAAAUAGGCUCCUUUUUUCCUGCUUUGAACAUGCGUCAAAGGAUCAGAAAGAAAAACAAAGCGAAGAAUCCCCCUUCCUGUUUUGGUACAAACAGAUUUGGUCCAGGAGAAGUUUUAGUCUCAUACCAGUAACAAAGAUAACGACGCAGAAGGGGAAGGCAAGACAGGAGAGCACAGGAUCACACACUGAACAACAGAGUACAGACUAAAAAGACAUAUAACAGAGAGAUGACUUCAGAGAGCAGAUUUCACUUUCUGAAUCUUUGGGAUGAGAAAGACGAGGAGGCAGAAGACAGAGAAGAGUCAGUGAGGGAGAAAGAGUCAGCAGGUAUUGGACCUUCACAGUGGGUAAAUGGCAGCUGUGAAUCAGGUAGGUUUGUGUGUGCUGAAGUGUUUUUUUUUUUUUUUUUUUGCCUUUUCCUCUCCUUCUUUCUACUUCUUCUUCCACCCUGUCAUGGUUCCUUUUGUUUCUUUCAUUCCAAAUGUCCAGCAGGAGGCAGUAGAGACCUGGUGUCACUUCAGUUUUUCACAACAGUGUCUGUGCUCAUUCUUUCCUGCAGGGUGCGCAGACCUGAACAGCCUGGACUCCAUGAGCCCCCAGGAGAAGAAGAGGCAGGGUUACAUCCAUGAGCUGCUGCAGACAGAGGAGAGAUACGUGGAAGACUUGCAGAUAGUGCUGGACGUAAGAAACAUGCAACCUGCUGUAAAAGACAAAUUUAAAAGAGUUUUCCUCACAUCCUUAUCAUUAUCUCUAUGUGGCUGUUGUUCAGGUUUUCCAUAAGCCCAUGUCAGAGUCUGGCCGAGUGAAGGAUUCAGAGAUGUCCAUGAUCUUUGUCAACUGGAAAGACCUGCUGGCCUGCAACAAUAAACUCGUGAAGUAAAUAUCCUCCAAGCACAGGGAGUCAGAUCCUAAGGGAGCUGCCAGAGAUGAUAGACAAAAUUAUUUUAGUUUUCUUUCUUUGCUUUUCAUUUUUAACACGUGUGCAUUUAUUUGUGUGCAGGGCGCUGCGCGUGCGUAAGAAGACAGGAGGGGAUAACAUGCCGGUGCAGAUGGUAGGAGACAUCCUCGCUGCAGAGCUUUCCCACAUGCAGCCCUACAUCCGCUUCUGCUCCUGUCAGAUUAACGGAGCUGCGCUGCUGCAAACUCGCAUCGACAACGAGCCAGACUUCAAGAACUUCCUCAAGGUAAGAGGGGAAGGAGAGUGAGGAGGGAGUGAGUGAGGAAAUAAAGGUAUAAACAAUGAAUAGAGAGUGACAGAAGAAAGCUGAGGCACAGAGAGAGGUGGAGAUAAAGAGGCUGUGGUUUGGUCUUUUUGUGUUAUUAUCAUGUAGUACCUAAAAAAACAGAUACACCGUGACAGUGGAAACAAUGUUUUUAUUACAUUUUUCUUUAAAUCCCACCAGAAAAUUGCCACGGACUACAGGUGUAAAGGCAUGCCACUGUCCAGCUUCCUGCUGAAGCCCAUGCAGAGAAUCACACGCUACCCACUGCACAUCAAAAAUGUAGGUCACCAUGUUCACAGCGCAGUUUUGUUUUUAACUCCACAUGAAGUGGUCUAAUAGUGACCCUAGAGUGUGGAAAAAGGGGGAUGUUUGACCGCUUUGUCUCUAAUGUGUGUGUUUAAUAAACUUGUGUGUGAGUUUAGAUCCUGGAGUGCACAGCAGAGGGACAUCCUGACAGAGGUCCUCUCAAAGAGGCUCUGGAGAGGGCAGAGGAACUUUGUCAACAGGUUUGUUUCUUUAUUGUUUUCUUUGUUUACAACCUCCGUCAUUCAUUUUCCUAUAAUAGUCUGUGUUACUUGUUUUGUUUAAUUUUAUUUAUAUAUAUAUAUAUUUAUAUAUAUAUAUUUGAACAUGUGCGUGCUUAACAAGAAAGUAAACUGAAAAAAAAAACAAUGAAAAUAUUCGAAAUAACAAUAACAAUAAUCAAAGCAAAAAAUAUAAUCAAAAUUUAAAAAAAAUAUACUAAUAAUAUUGUGAACCCGAAAUGUCUGAAAAGGAGUAGGAUAAAGCUUUAUGCUUUUUUUAAACCUACUCCUUCUCUGCUACUCAAUAAACAGUCAGUCAUAGUCACAGACAGUCAUAUUUACAUUAUAUUUACACAAAAAAGAACAUAAAUAGAGUAAAUAAGUACAUAAAUCAUUUCUGAAAACACCCGAUGGUUAAAGCCCCUCUUCCUCCCUCUACCUGGUGAGAACCAUGUGUUUGUACCACUUUUUAAACUGGGUCAUGCUUGGACAGUGCUUGAGCUCCACAACUAAUCUGUUCCACAACCUUACUCCACAAACAGAAACACAAAAACUUUUUAAUGUUGUAUGUGCCCGCUGAUGCUUUAAGUCCACCCUCAGAUGAUAAUCUUCAGCUCUUUUAAAAAAUUGUAGAAUGUUUAUGGCUUGUACAUGAUUUAUGCUGUUUGAAAGCGAACCAGGUCAGUGAAUUUUCAUGUUUUUGAUUUUACGAAUAGUGAAUUUGUGUGAUCUCUAUAACCGGUGUUAUGAAUUAUUCUUAUGGCUCUUCUGCAGUAUAGAUAGUGAUUGUAUUGUACAUUGUGGUAAAUGUGGUAAAAUUCUGCAGAGAAUAUGUUCUUGUGAAAAAGAUGUUUUCUAUGAACAAUUUUCUGAGCUAAGUCAUUUUGUUGACCAGGUGAAUGAGGGCGUGAGAGAAAAGGAGAACUCUGACAGACUGGAGUGGAUUCAGAACCACGUACAGUGUGAUGGGGCUGCAGAGGUAAGAAGCUGAACUGACAUCUUUUCAAAUCGGAUCACCGUCAGAAUGGCCUUAAUAACAUAAAAAAGCAUAUUAACAGUCAUUUUAAUGUAACUCUCAUUCAACAGAAUAUGGUCUUUAACUCUCUCACCAACUGUCUGGGUCCCAGGAAACUGCUCCACAGCGGGAAAGUGAGUAAACCUGCAGCGACUCUGAGUCAGUGAAGAUCUGCUGGGUCUCCACAUUUCCAGAGAAAUUAACAUUUUUCAUUUUCUUGGAUAAAUAUUUAAAGUUAAAGUACUGAGCUCUAAGAGGCAGACAGAGUAGGGAGCACAGGGAGGUGAAAUGUGGGAACAUCAGCGGGUCAGAACCAGAGAUGUCGUGAUCACAUGACACGAACCUCAAACCACAGAAUUACAUAUCCAAGGAUCAGGGAGAACCUCAGGCAGUGAUGAUACACCUUCAGGAAAAAGAUCUCCCUAUGAACUGAUCUGAUUUCUCAGCCGUGAUUUUUCAUCUCUUCUUUCUUUUCAGAUGUACAAAGCAAAGAGCAACAAGGAAUUGUGGGCAUUCCUCUUCAACGACUUCCUGCUCUUGACUCAUGCAGCGAAACAGUUCACGUCAUCAGGGCCUGAUAAACUGUUCGGUAACAAGAACAACACGCAGCUGAAGAUGUACAAACCAGUGAGUUUCAUGUCUUCUGCUAGAGGAACUACAUGGAGAUCAAAUGAGCUCUUUCCAUCUGAGAAUCCACCUGACAAAAGCUGAAAAGUGUCAUAAGUCACCUCUAACACUGUGUUUGACCACGUCUGUCUUGCAGCCUGUUCUCCUAAACGAAGUCCUCGUGAAGCUUCCAGAUCCGUCCAGCGACGAGCCUGUCUUCCACAUCUCACACAUCGACAGAGUCUAUAUCCUCAGGACCGACAACAUCAACGAACGGUAUUUUCUCUUUUACUUGAACACACACCCACACCUAACAAAUGAGCCGUAUGAGGCGUUCAUUACAACCACCGAGUGUGUGUGUUUGUGUUUUUAGGACAGCAUGGGUUCAGAAGAUCAAGGCGGCAUCUGAGGAAUUUAUUGAGACAGAGAAGAAGAAAAGGGAAAAAGCUUAUCAAGGUUAGUUUUUAACUUUGGACUGAUGAAAUCUAUGAGUUGAUGCAGUUAAUGCUUGGGGGUGCGCAGAUGGCCUAGCCGCUUAGUGCGCCCCUGCUUAUGGGAACCACAGUACCCACAGCAGUCGUGGGUUUGAGUCCUUUCCCGACCAUAUGCUGCAUGUCCUCCCCCCUCUCUCUCUAUCUCCCCAUACUUCCAACCUGUCCUAACAAUAAAGGCAAAAACUUGCCAAUAAAUAAAUCGAUAAAAAAUUUAUAUUAAAAAAUUAAAUAAAAAAAUAAUAAUGCAUCUGCUUGUGUGUAUGUGUUUUUUUUUUUUUUUUUGCAGCGCGGUCUGUGAAGGCGAGUGGAAUCGGCAGACUUCUCGUCACCAUCUUGGAAGCCACUGAGCUAAAGGCGGGAAAAUCUAACGGUGAGCAUCAGUCCAGGAUCUCACAGAUUAUUCCAGAUUAUAUGGAAGGUUUUUCAGUAGCUGUUACACUCUGGACAUGCCUUUUGUCAGUGCUAUUCAAAGGUCAAAAGAAACAUCUGAACAAUAUUCUUAAAGCGUUAUUCAUGAAUGUUCUUAAAUCACUGAUAACGCUCAGAGGGAAUACUAUCUCACUGUUCGAGCAUCCUUUGAGAUCAGCACUGGCGCACGUGUUGCAGGGCUGCUGGUUGGUCAAACCUGCUUUGAAAUUUCACAUUGGGCAAACUUUUAAGGCUGCUCAGAGGGCGCAUGAAUUCGCCGAUUUGUGAGAUUAAAAAACUUUGUGGGGAGACAGAUCAGGGCACGCUUUAACAGGAUGUGCUCACAGCUCACUAGGCCUGAAAAGACACCAUGAUCUCUUCAAUGAUGUGGUAAAAGCAGCUUCUGAACUCUGCUGCAGGCUACAUGCACUGCUGCACUGACCUAAUGAAGCCGGCAACAUUUAAUGAUGAUGCUCUUCCUUCCCUUCCUCUUUACUUCACUUAGUUACUCUAGAGUCCAUCAUUAAUUUCCUCAUUUUCUCUUCCCUCGGGCUCUUGGCUCUUUUUUCUUCUCAUUACUCCACUGUUUUUUUUUCUUCUCUACUCUCCUGUUGAACCCCUCUUUUAUUUUGACUCAUAUAUAUUUUAUUGUGUCCCUCCUACAGGAAAAAGUAACCCCUACUGUGAGGUGACUAUGGGAGCUCAGAUCUUCACGUCCAGGACGCUUAACGAAACCCUGAAUCCCAAGUGGAAUUUUAACUGUCAGUUUCACAUCAAAGAUCUUUACCAGGACGUCCUCUGCAUCACUAUCUUUGAAAGAGACCAGUUUUCACCUGACGGUCAGUUACCUUCUCUCUUUCACCUCCUGCUUCCUCAUUAAUGCAGUUUUUCUCUGUAACCCUGAAAAACAAAAACAAUCAAACUGUGUUGCUGCUUGAAAUUCUUUCUCUUUCUUCUUCCUGGACUUAAAGGAUCCUACUAAAAUGCCUCUCUCUGGUUCUUCUCCUUUUUUCAGUUUUUCUGGGUCGGACAGAGGUUCCUGUUGCCACCAUAAAGAAAGAGCUGGAGAACAAGGGACCAGUAACUCGCCGUCUUCUUCUGCACGAGGUCCCUACAGGGGAGGUGUGGGUCCGCCUGGACCUGCAGCUUUUUGGAAACAAAUAGGAGAAAGAGAAAUAAUAACGGCGUCUGAAUGAGGCUGCCAUCCUCCUUCUUUUGUGUCGCUUAAGCAAACUCAGAUGGGUCUUCCUCACAUGCCCGACUCAGACUUUUCUAACCCUAAGACUGUUUCUCACAUCAAGCCUUAAAAUGUUAAAUAUUAACCAGCACUAAUACCUCCUCUGACAUCAUCUGAGUCUUCCAAUAGGAAAAAAGGGCUUCAGUGACAUCACCCAAAGCCUCCAAUAGUGGUCAGAUUCUUGUUUUUUCUGGUUCAUGACCUCUAAUAGAGAGAGAAGCACAGUCUGUACUGUACACUCUGAUGUACAGUCUGUGUGUGUGUGUGUGUGUGUGUGUGUGUGUGUGUGUGUGUGUGUGUGUGUGUGUGUGUGUGUGUGUGUGUGUGUGGGGCUGGAUCUGGGUCCACUGCUGUCACCAUUUCUGACCCUCAGGGAGGAAGAACCAGGCAAAGAUCAUUAAGAAGCAUUAAUCAUCCUCUCCAAAUAAGCAGUAAAGCUACAAUCAUGAGGGUCAUUUUCUACUCUGCUGCAGAAACUCUCUGAGUUACUCAAGUGUUUAAGGAUUGAGACUCGACUCGCUAAGUCCAGUCAACUACAGUCAUAAAAAGUUUUAUUUCUAAAGGAUUUUGUAUGUUGGGGAGCUUUUAUUUUGAAAGGGCAGGAGUUUGGCUUUCAGGGGGUUCUACUCUGGCGCCUUAUUACCAAAGUGUCGUCACCAUAAAGCAGCCUGCAUCCUCCGUGAUGAAAGCUGAAGAUGGCCUCUAUCCGACAGGAAGUUUGUGUUCGUAGCUCUGGUCUGGAGUCAGUUUACUGUAGAUAGAAGAUCUCAGGACAGGUCGUUUUGAGAUUUGUCUGUGUGACUGUCAAAGGUUUUGUUUGUGUGUCUUUCUGAAAGAGUUAAAAAGUUUUGAGAAAAUAUCCUCAGUGACAAGCUGUUGAUGCUGAAACUUUUGGAGUUAACUCAAAACUUUUGUCUCUUUAGUCUUUAAAAUCAGUUAAAAAAGUAGAACUUUUCUUUGAGAUGACGGUGGUUUUAGGAUAGAUUCAUGAGCUGUUUUAUUUCAUGCACAAAACAAGCGAAGGCCAAGUAGUUUUAGGGCAAAUAACAGAAGGACACAGGAGUGAACAGCUGCAUAUAUGAACGUUUUAACUCUUCCUCCAGCUGACUCAGUUGUUCCCGCCUCUUUUUCACAUAGAGGAUGGCGGGAUUACGCAGCGACAUAGAUUGACAGUUUGUCGCACAGUAUUUGCUUGCUUCUGGUAUUUUAUUCUGUCACUCUGCCAGAGAAGUUUUUCAGCAUCACUCCCCACUCCUCACCUCAAUGACAGUAAUAUUGUCCAUCUCUGUUGCCCUCUCCAAACAUCUGCCAUGAAAAUGUUACAAGGAUCAGUCUAAAAAGCUUUUAUUUAUGUCGUGGGUCGAUAUUUUUGGUGUCCUUGUCAUCCUAACUUGAGCAGAUAAUAACAGAAGUAUUUAUUUGAUAAAUUAUGCGUGUGUGACGAUCUGGAGGUUUGGAGCGGCUUUGCUUGCUGUGUCAUCUCGGAUUAUCAGCUGGUCUCCACUGGGUUUGUUUUAGUGUGAUGUCAAAUAUGAAAAGGAUGUUGAUACUGUUUUGAAAGGCAAUAAUGAAAUCUGCAAUGAUUGUCUUUGGUUGAGUUUUACUGUUUGUACAUUAGUCGUGUAAAAGGCCUGCAGUUUUGUGCUCUUAUACGAAUUUCUCUUCUGUCAACUAAAGUCUUUUGAAGUCCUGUUUUAACUUGGAUGUCUCUUUUUUUUUUGAAUGUUUGGAAAUGUGCAAAUAGACUGGACUACUUUCCUCGUAUGUUUAGGGGUGUAAAAGUUUCUCUUUUGUUGUAUUUACUUUUUAUUUCCCGCAGCCGUCUGCACCGACCGCUGCUGUGCUCUCUGAGCUUGUGGCCUCUUUAAUCCCAGAUUGUCUGAUCAGCCUGGAGUCUGUAACCUGCUGUUUGUACUCACUUUGGCCUCCAUGUGGCACUCUCUGAAUCAGGGUUUCUUAAAGUCAAAUUAAAGACAUUAAAAGUGAACAAGCUGUCUA